AUGGCACGAGCACAUGGAGUUGAAGAUGCGCAGAUGGAACAGGUCGACCUCGUUGAAGAUGUUCAUGCCGACUCGGCGACUGAUGUUUUUGAGGUCGAUGGAAAUUAUGAGAUGCUUCAGACCGAUGCUGGACAGCAGCCAGCUGUCGAACUCGGACUGCUUCGGCUUGCGCGCGAUGUUGUACAGCGAGAUGUACAGUAUGGCCUCUAUAUCGUGAUCGCUGAGCGGCUCAGUGAUGAGAGCGACGCCCAGCAGCUUGGUGGCCAGCAUGUACAGCUGCUGCUGCUCCUGGACGUAUUUGUAGUUUUCGUCGAAACACAUGGCCAAAAGGACAAACACACACGUGAUGAACGGGUGCUCGAGCACGUACUUGCGGUCGAUGGACGUGAUGCCGCCUGGGAUGAUCCAGAAAUGCGAGAUCUCCAGAAAACUGCGCGAGAGCUCGAGACACAGCCGCUCGUUGUCGAAGUAGAACCGCAGAAACUCGUCGCAGAUGCGCUUGAACGGGUCAUGGCGGCUGGCCCGGUUGAACAGCUUCGAGUCGAUCUGCUUGAUGACGUUCAGCGGCGCGAGCGCAUCAUGGUGGGCGAGCAGCUCGUUCUCGUGGGCCACAGAAAAGUCGAGCUGGUUGCCGGAGCCCAGAGACUGCUUCACCAGCUCCAGCAGCGACGUGAGCUUGCCGUCGAACGACUCGACGGCCUGCUCGACGCGACGCAAGCGCGAAUCAACCGGUUCUGGGGGCGCGGGCUCCGGAUCGUGCCGAUUGGGACGGGCGCCGUUCUCGACGAGCGAGCACUCGAGCCGCAGUCGCAAGCACCGUUUGCAGCUGCCCUGGCCGGCGUCGUAGUCGCACUUCGUCUUGAGCUUGCGGCAGCUCUCGCAGCUGAAAAUGCGGCGUUUUUUCUUGCUCGGUCGCGCGAUCUCGGCAUCGAUCUCGCUCAGAAGCGAGUCGUUGGCGGUGGUCUUGGCAGAGAUCGCAAACGAGCCGAAACUCUGGGCUUUGGGCCGCCGGAACAGGCCCGGGCUGUCGCCGCUCGCCUGCAUAGCAAGCCACGAGACGCCAAAGCCGAGCAGCACGGCCGCAAAGCCGACGCCCGGUGGCGUGGAGCCGGAGGACCCGUUCCGGACGAGCGUCUUCCUUGCGUGGUCGCCGUCGGCAACGCCGCUGUUGACGCCAGGCGUGCCCGUCGUGAUGUCGCCGGACUCGUCCACAAGCAGCACCUCCGUGGACCGCGACGCGCCGGAGCCGCACUCGAUCUUCCCGCCACGCACCACGCCGCUGACCUCCUCUUUCAUCCACCUGUUGCAGUCGAACUGCGUCGACGUCGACUUGAUGAUCGCGCUGCCCUUGACCACCUUGAGCUGCUUGAAGCCGCUCGCGUCGAUGUUGCCCUGGAACUCGAUCGCGCCGCCGAUCGCCCGCAGAACGGGGAAGAAGUCGAUCCGGGAGAUCUGGUCGUUGUCGAUGAUCAUCAGGCCGCCGCCCACCUCGGCCAGCGACGGGAACUCGACGGCGCGCACCUGCUUGUUGUUGAUCACGCUGAGCGUCAUGCCCGUCGAUUUCAGUUUCGGCAGCUUCAGCUCGCUGAACCGGUUGUUGAUGAACUGCGCAGAGUUCUCCACCACCUGCAGACUGUCCAGGUUCAGGCUGCUGGUGUCCUUGAUGGUGAUGGUGUUGGCCCAGGUGAGGUCGGACAGCGACACCUGCAGAUUUCUGGCGUUGGCAGCAAUCAGCAGAGUGUCUGUGAUUUCCUUGACCGAGGAGUCGAUGCGCUCCAGAAACCGGUUGUUGUUGAUGUUGAGCGUCUUGAGCGACUCGACGUUGAAGCCGGAAAAGCCCGUCAGCGACGUGUCGCUCAUCACCACGGAGUUGAUCCGCUUGAUGCCCUUGUCGAGGUUGACGGCGCUGAGAAUCGGAAGCACCUUCCACUGGAUCGUGUCGAUGCUUUCCAGCUUGGGCAGCGAGAUCGACGUCAGCGACGUCAGCGUGUCGAGCGCGAACGUGCCGUCGAUGGUGGCGAGCUCGACGCCCUCGAUUCUCAGCAGACUGCUCGCGUUGGCCACGCUCAGCGAGCCCUUGAUGUGCGAGAUCGAGCCGAGGUCCAGGCUGUCGGAGUCGUAGCCCUUGAUGACGAUGUUGCCGGAGAUGAUCUGGCAGUCGUGGAGGUCUCUCAUGUCGCCGGCCGCGUUGAUGUAGUAGUUCUGCUUGAAGCACUUGGGCUGGAUCUCGGCGUGGUCUGUGUCGUUGGAGUCGUCGGCAGCGCGGGCGAGCCGGCCGGCGCAGCAGCCGGCCAGCGCGCCGAGCACGGAAAGGACAGCGGCGGGCUUCAUGGUAAGGAGGAGGAGAGGAAACGGGAGAGAGAUACGCGCCGCCAGAGCGCCAGGUGCCGCGCUACACUCCGCUUACGUAACGCAGAAUCUAGAAGAGCCGCAUGA